AUGGUACUACAGAACGAAAGUAAAUCGGUAAAGGGUCUGGUACCCGUGCACGACGGUGGUAAUGGUGACAGUAUUGAUACUGACAGCACUAUGGACAGCAACCUAAAUGGCCCCUCCGACACGGGCCAUCACUCAUCGUCCGGUUCGAAUUCAUCGACGGGUGGCGGGAGUGGUGGUGGAGGUACAGGAGGAGGAGGAGGCAUCGGAAGUAUAGCCACAUCGAACGGCGGCACAGUAGAACGAAUGUCACACGAGCAACCGGUGAUCAAGCGACAGCGGAUAGAACACGAUCGUGGUCACAGUGCAGAUGUGGGUGCAGGAGGAAUCGUAUGCGUAGGAGCAGUUAACGCCCUUCCACAUGGACAAAGUAGUUUGGGGAACAGCCCCGAAACGAGAGCUAAUGGAAUGCCAACGACCAGUACUACACCAGCGAGUUCUAGCGGGAAUUCUUCCAACGCAUCGUCGGCCUGCUCAUCCUCUACGUCGCUUUCAUCCUCGCCUUCCUGCUCCUCGACGAAGUUAGUUCCGUCCUCGUUGGACCAUUCGUCCGACGAUGAACAACAGCAGCAUUCCGCAAAGUUGGUAGCACACACCGAACAAUCCACGCAAGAUUAUCAUGCCGCAUUUCAGGAAGCGAUCGGUCGACAAUGUUUGUGUACGAUCGAUUCGAGCGUACUCCUCCUGUCGUUCAAGGCGCAUCGCAUCUACACUCACACGGUGGUGCCGUCGGAUGGUAUUGGGGACACUGCUCCACCCCUUUCCGAAUGGCCGUUCGAGCAUUUGCUAAAGUUCUUGUCGAAUGUACAGCUGCUGUUCGAUACGUACUUGAAGCAGAACAUAAAGGGCAACAUCUGCGCGGGCGUGAUGGAGCUCUGUAACUAUCUCAUUCGCAGCGAUGACCAUCCGCACCUGUACCGGGUCAACAGUCCCACGUUUGCCGGGUUCCCAGCGCUAGACAUCGACGAGCUGAUUGGGUUAUGUAGCUGCAACAAUAAGUACGUCAGUUAUUUGGCGGGUCGUAUAUUGUCCUCGUUUCUGAUCAUCGUCAAGGACGACCCAGAUGAUGACCGAUGGCUGGAGAAGAUUGUGGCGAAUCUGUUCGACUUUGGGCAUCUGGAUCUGCAUGCGGUGCGAAAGAUUAACGCGAGCCUCGAAGUGAUCAAGCGAAUCGUGGAGUGGAAGGACGAAACGGAACAUCCGCUCGAGGAGGAAGCGGCGGGUGGUGCUGCUGUCGGUGCUGGUGGAGGUGGCCCGGGUGAAUGGGCUUCCCCGGGAGGUGGAUCGAGUUCGGCCACCGUUGGAGGUGCCGUUGGCGGGGCACCCUCGCUUGCGGACAAUUACUUCGCAACGCAUUUCGCAUCCCACCAGUACGCUAACGAUGAGGGUGCGUCGAGAAGCAUUUUUCACCCAGCGGGUGGAAUGGCCGACGAAUCGUCCGCUACCGCAUCAUCAUCGGCUUCCGGCACGGCGUUAGCGUCGGCGUCCAAAGCAUCGGAACCACCGGCGGCAUCUAGUCAAGGUACGCUCAGUACUACCCACCAACUGCUAUCGGGAGGUGAAGGUUCGGGACCUUGCCGGUACAUCACGCUGACCGAUUCGGAAAGCUUCGACACGACGCGCAUCAAGUUCGAAACGAUCAACAUCCUCGGUGGCAAAUGGUCCGCGCUGGUCAAACACAUCAGCUCGCUAAUACGUGCGCAAGCGAACAGCUCGAACCCGGCGGUGAUGGUUGCGACCGAAACCUGCAUCCUAACGUUUCUGAGGCUGUGGGAAAGUAUUAUCAGUGUGAAGGCGAACCUUUCGGUGGUGGAGACCCAACCGUUCCAUUCCCAGCUGGAUAGCUUCCAGUUGCUGCUGCUCGUCACGAAGAAUGCCGUAAUUUAUCGGCAAAUGUUAACGCUGUUCAAUGAGGCCCUUUGUUACGGCAGUACACUGGCAUUGCAGGACCUUAUUCCGGAGGAAGUUGGCAGUUUGGCACACAACAUCGUACGAUCGGUAAAGGACUAUCGGAUACUGGACAAGAUGCCCAAGUCAUCGUACAGUAACCAUCUCGGAUUCCUUGGAUAUCAGGGUGAAAUAGUGCGCUACCAGAACAGGCGGCUAGCGCGAUUGCACGAUCCGGCGAAUGGUGUCGGGAGUGGGUCGCACCAACAACCCCCGCUGGUAGCAACUCCCGAAACGUGUUACGAUCGCACAUUGCUGCAGAAGAUGGCGCUGCUGGUGCUGAAAGCGGUCGCAGUCAUUGUGAAGGAGAUCCGGUGCGAUUCCAGUGAUUCGAGCGUGGAUAGCAGUGACUUCGAUAUGCAGGAAAUACAGAUGAUCGAGCGCAGCAUCCGGGACGUGGUGAAGAAGCUGGAGACGUUUCUGAAGGCGCAGCUGGAAUUCCAUCCCGAGAGCCACUUCAGCAAGGUGCUGAUACACCUGUUCGACGAUCAGGACGACUAUCUGGUGGAGGCGAUGGUGUGCACGCUGGACGUGACAUCGGGCAUCUCCUUCCGGAACAAUGCGUUCCCGGAGCUGAUCGCGAUGCUCAACCCAGUGUACACGUUUAUCGAGUUCUCCAACCUGGGGCCAAACAUUACGCACCUGUUUCUCGAUCUGCUCAUCAGCCCGGAAACGUGUUUUCUGCUGUUUUUGCUUCGCUUUCUAAAGUACAUCCGGCAGAACUGGGCAAUGUUUACGCAGAGCUGCUACAACUACUACCGCCACAAUAGCUACAGCAAUGCGGCAACGUUGCUGCAGCACCGGUUGCGGGCGGCAACCGGCAGCAAUGCGGGGCUAGUAUCGGGUGGAAGCGCUGGGAGCGGUUCGAGUCAUGGUGCGGAUCAUUCUAACGCAACAGCUGUUGCCGGUGGCACCAACGCAAAUGUUAUACUGGACAGCGUGAUGACCGUGUUGAUUAGCUUACGGUUGCAGAUCAGUCGGCUCGUUGCCGAUACACUGUUUCCCUACAACAUCACGCCGAUUUUGAGAUUAAUAGAAAACUGCGAAAGUCUAUACGAGGGCAAUGAGUUGAGUUGAAGUGGUAGGCUUUCAAAUGGUGUCUCCUGCUAGCAAAGGACGGAGCACACUGCUACACCAGUUCGCAGAUGUUAGGAUCGAACAAAUGGAGUAUGUAAUGUAAAUGUACGACGCUUUUCUUCCUUUCGUAGAAAUUUACGCAACAAAAGUACAAUCUUUAACGGCGCAUCGAAAUGUGCGUGCCUUAAGCGAUAAGCGCUCCCGCUCUCUUCUUGUAUGUUUCCAAUGUUACUCUCUCAAUGGCACUCGGAAUCCUUGCGUGUAUGGCGUGGCGGCAGUUUAUGCUGCACGUUUGCUUCUGCACAACCUUUUCCAAUACAGGAUCGAAUCCAUUCCAUAGUUCGAUAGGAGCCUAUUCUAUUAAUUAGCCUUUAAUGUUAGAACUGAAUUGUACAAUGCUCACAGAACGCUCUGUUUAUUAGGUGCGUUAAUAGGUAGGAAUAUUUGCAAACGGUCCCGCAAAGGUUCGUCUACGGUAGCGAAACUGUCGGUUUAUGUACAUAGCAUGUAGAUAAGCGUUUACUUUUAUGUGCAGUCUUCCAUGUGCAGCUCCAGUGUAUUUUUGUCUUGCGAAAAAAGGGAACCAACACGCACCGGCAAAGUAUGCAACGUCCAAUAUUGAUUAAUUCCCCCUAACAAGGUGCUGUCGAAUGCUUAAUCUUGCCGACGAUGAUGAUGAUGAUGUGUCCUGUAUUCCCCAUUGGCACUCAUGCACUGUACAAACCUGAUUCAGACGCAAACGCAGAGACGGAAACCCCCCUUACCUGUAGGCUAGACAAUGCAGUUUGUGUAAACUUUGUGGUAGACAGUUUUAGUUUAAUUUAUACGUGCUAUAUAAGUGCCUCAAUAAGUGCCUUUUUUAUCAAUGAAACCCAGCUACAGCACUGUUCUGUUCUGUCCGCGUAACGUGAGGCUAUAUUCCUGGUGUCUCGCGUUAACCACCCGUACGUUAAUUUAAUUUAUCCACUCAGAAGAACGUACGCUUUAUCGGACCCGCUUUCGCGCUGUACAUACGGUUCAUUGCAGUGGAAACUUACGCGAACGAAGACGGACGCGAAGGAGGUGGACAUAUCGUACCGAACGGGGGCCC